UAGUUCAGAAUAAUUUUCUGUUUGAUGUUUGACUACUUUUAUUUUCCGACGAAAAUAAUAAAUACAAAACAAGGAUUUCUUGAAUUUUAUUUUUAUUCUACAGUAAUUGUGUGAAGAUAGUAGAAUAUAAUAAGGAAUAAUUUUUUUUCUGUUUGAAGAAACAGAACCAAAUAAAAAAUCUUCUCAGGUGAUUUCUGAAUAAUCAAAAUGGCACAUUCUGGAGUAGUUUCUAGCGGAAAACGAAAGGAAAUUUAUAAGUAUAUUGCACCAUGGCCACUUUAUAGCAUGAAUUGGUCAGUAAGACCAGAUAAAAGAUUUCGACUCGCUCUCGGAAGUUUUGUUGAGGAAUAUAAUAACAAAGUACAGAUUGUUUCACUUGAUGAAGAUAGUAGUGAAUUCACUGCGAAAAGUACUUUUGAUCAUCCCUAUCCUACUACUAAGAUAAUGUGGAUACCUGAUAGUAAAGGAGUAUUUCCGGAUUUAUUAGCCACCAGUGGUGACUACUUGAGAGUUUGGAGAGCUGGAGAACCUGACACAAGGUUGGAGUGUGUGCUCAAUAAUAAUAAGAAUUCUGAUUUUUGUGCACCACUUACAUCUUUUGAUUGGAAUGAAGUAGAUCCUAAUUUGGUUGGAACUUCUUCAAUUGACACUACAUGUACAAUUUGGGGUCUAGAGACUGGUCAAAUUUUGGGACGUGUUAAUUUAGUGUCAGGACAUGUAAAAACACAACUGAUAGCUCAUGAUAAAGAGGUUUAUGACAUAGCAUUUUCAAGGGCUGGUGGUGGAAGAGAUAUGUUUGCUUCAGUAGGAGCUGAUGGAUCCGUACGUAUGUUCGAUUUGCGUCAUUUAGAACAUUCAACAAUCAUUUAUGAAGAUGCUGCUCAUACUCCACUGCUUCGUUUAGCAUGGAAUAAACAAGAUCCUAAUUAUCUUGCUACUAUUGCUAUGGACGCUUGUGAAGUCGUAAUUCUCGAUGUUAGAGUUCCUUGUACACCGGUAGCAAAAUUAAACAACCACCGAGCAUGCGUUAAUGGAAUAGCAUGGGCGCCCCAUUCUAGCUGUCACAUUUGUACGGCGGGUGACGAUCAUCAAGCCUUGAUUUGGGACAUACAACAAAUGCCGAGAGCUAUUGAAGAUCCUAUUCUGGCUUAUACGGCUGCAGAAGGUGAAGUUAAUCAGAUACAAUGGGGGGCUACCCAACCUGACUGGAUAGCGAUUUGUUAUAAUAAAUCCUUGGAGAUUCUCAGGGUUUAGGUUUGUCUGAAUGGCGGCUAUUUAUUUAUAUAUUUUGAAAGGAUCGUGGACAUAUUUCUCUUGAAGUUACGUAGCAGAAUGUUGGUUCUAAUUUCUAAUUUUGUAAUUCAAGAUUGCUAAGUGUAAAAAAUUCAUUUUGAAUCAGUAAGUACCUAGUUGCUUGAUAUCGGUGAGAUCCUGAAAUAUUGGUUACAUAUUUCAAAUUUUUUUGAGAAAAGUUGGCUUUUUCUCUUAGUUCAGACUUAUUAUACCUCGAAGGUGUAGCUAUCCAGAAUAAUUAUUUGUCACACUAAAUUUAUCAAAUUACAAAUUGGUUUUUAUAAUUUGUUUUUGAACAAUCUUAAAAUCAAUGAGUUACAAAAAAAUGGAUUAAGUGAGAUAUGGAAGCGCAGUCUUGAAUAUGAUGUAACUUAGCUUUUAUCUCAUCCAUGUAUAGAUAACUGCCAAUAACUGAUGUUCAUUUCAAAUAAGGAAAUCAUGCCCACUAAAAUUAGUAUGAUGUAACUCUGUCAUGAGUUGUCCAAGGCCAGGGGUUUGUAACCAAACAAAUACGA